AUGGCGGAGGAACCGUCCUCCAAGCGUCACCAUGGCGAGACGUCAAACAAGAGCAGCAACCUCGUCAACAUUCACGUCCCUGGCGAGAAGCGCGAGUACACCAGAACGCUCAAAGGGGUUGAGCUCCAUGGCAAGGAGACGCUGGAGAUCGUCUGCACCAGCGUACCAGACAAGACCGACGAGGUGAUGAGCAGGCUCAGGAUGAAGGGCGGCGUCUUGUAUCCGAGCUUCAUCGGAGUUGAUGUUGAGCCCAAGCGCCUCAAAGACUUCCUGCAGGAGGAGAAAUUGUACACAUUUGUCGGUUUCAACAUUGGAGGUGACAAGCGGAUGUUGGACAAGUCUUGUUUGGAGAUCAACCCCAACAACUUCAUCGACAUGUAG